AUGGCGUGCGUCGUCGCGUCGUCGCCGUCGCGCGUCGUCCGUCGCGCGUCGUCCGUCGUCGCGCGCGACGAUCGCGGUCGUCGUCGUCGUCGCGGGAUGACGGCACCUGCGAUGCCUACAUCGCGUUGCGGCCUCCGCGACGACGCGUCCGCCGACGCGCCGCACCCCAACAGCGCCGCCCUCCUCGCGCCGCGUCGCCGCUCCUUCGCCGCCGCGGUCGCCGCGCUCGCCGCGCUUCUUCCGCUGGCCCUCCCCGGACGCCACGCCGCCGCGCUCGCGGCGGGCGGCAACGACGCCGUCCUCGCCGCGCUCCGAAAAAAGGCGAACGACGAUCUCAUGGGCGAGGACGGCGCGGUCGUGACGCGCGUCAACGUCGCGCUCGAUGAGCUCCGCCGCGCGCAGACGCUCGCGGCGGUCGGCGAGUACGCAGACGCGCGUUCGAUGCUGCGGAAGGGCGCGCUGAGAGAGACGCGAGGCGACCUGGAGCGCGUCGCGACGUACCUCCGCGUGCAGCGCCCGACGUUCGCGCAGUUCGAAGGCCUCGCGGUGACGGGCGGGUUGGACGCGUUCGACGACGCGAUGCGCGCGCGGCAAACCGGCGUCGCCGCGGUGACGCAGCGCGACGUGGACUUGAACGCGAAGGCGGCGGUGAGCGCGCUGGAGGAGGUAGCGUACAUCCUGGGGAAGGAUAAGACGUACGAGGAGAUGCGCGCGCGGUUGGAGGCGCCGGUGGUGAAGACGGAGGGGGGCGUGCUCGAGGAGCGGCGGGACUUCGACGCGGAGGAGGUGCAGAUGGUGCGAGAGGCGAACCGAUUUUAA